AUGAGCAACCUAGCCGUCCUCCCAGACGGCAAUGCCGACUCCAACAAGCCCUCAGACUCAGACCUUGGGAACAGGAAGUACAUCCGCUGGGACGCCGAGGGCGUCGAGAGCGUCCCUCCAGGGGAGGAAGACGACAUCAAAGCCGUCGCGGAGCAGAUCAACUUCCUCCAACGCACGCACUGGAACAAGACCCGGCACGCUUUCGGCGGGACGCACGCGCGGACGCAGGGUGUCGUCAAGGGCAAAUUCAUCGUCCUGGACGACCUCCCCCCUCACCUCGCGCAGACCGAGCUCUUCUCCAAGGGCGGCACCUACGAAGCCAUCUGCCGCUACAGCUCCGAGCCCGGCGACCCAGGUCUCGAUGACCGCAUCCCGCAGCCACGCGGCUUCGCGAUGAAGCUGUUCGGUGUGCACGGCGACAAGUUCCCCUCCCCCACGGGCAGCGACCUCCCAACGCAGGAUAUCGAGUUCAACAGCACUCCCGCGCUGGACCUAACGGACGCAAAGACCACCCGUGAGAUCAUUGCGCUGCGCAUCGCCCACGGCGGGAGUCAGCCUGAGUUAUACAAGAAGCUGGAGCAGCGACCAGACACGGAGCUCCAGAAGGCGCGCGACCAGGUCCGCAACACGCAUCUCGAGUCUACGCGGCAGUACUCCCAGACUCCAUAUCGGUUUGGGGAUUACGUCAUUAAGUAUAGUCUCGUGCCGUCCACCGAGACGCAAAAGAAGCUGUACGAGGAGACCGUCAAGCCGGACGCACAUCCUGAAGAUAUUUUGCAUCAGUGGCUGCGCUCUUUCCAUGCGGAGCACGAUGCGGAGUACCUGUUCCAGGUGCAGCUGUGCGAGAACCUCGAGGAUCAGCCUGUCGAGUAUGCUGGUAAGGUCUGGGACCCGGAGAAGUACCCCUGGCAGACGGUUGCCAAGCUCCAGAUUCCGAAGCAGGAGAGCUUUAGCUAUGAGAGGAAGACGAUGUGGGAGGAUCACCUGAGGGUUGAUCCGUGGUUAGGCCUGAAGAGUCUGCAGCCGCUUGGAGGCAGCAACAGGCUGAGGAGAGUCGUGUAUCCGGCUAGCAGCGGGCUGAGGAGGAAGAUGAACGGGAGGAAGGAGAUUCAUAUCACGGACAUUAAUGAGUUCCCGUGA